AUGUCUCCUAGUCGUCCAAUUCCAGAGGAGUAUGACUACAUCAUUUGUGGGGGCGGAACGUCAGGCUGUGUUAUCGCUGCUCGACUUGCUUCGCAAACAAAGGCAUCAGUGUUGCUCCUUGAGGCCGGCAGAGAUGCUGGAACGGCUCCCGACGUUCUUGUGCCGGGGAAGUACGUGCAUCAAUUAUCUGCCGACCUUGAAGGGUUAUGGCAACUUCCCACAGUACCUCAAAAAGAACUCUUGGACAGGGAGAUUGUCUUCCUGAGAGGGAGACAACUAGGGGGAAGUUCGGCCGUCAAUUAUAUGGCACUGGCCAGAGGGCCGGCAGCUGAUUACGAUGAAUGGGCUCGAUUGACUGGCGAUGACCAAUGGUCCUGGAAGAACAUCCUCCCAACGAUGAAGCAAUUGGAGGCCUUUAGACCAGAACGGCCCAAGGGAUUUGAGGAAUAUGCAUCGCCCGAGAUGUCGAACCAUGGUUCCAGCGGUCCCCUCAAAGUUGGCUUUGGAGAUGAGAUGAGUCCUGGUGUCGAAACAUUCUUCAAAGCAUGUCGAGAAAUUGGAAUUCCUGUAUGUCCAGACAACAACUCUGGGAAUCCGGUUGGAGUUGGCCUUGCACAAUUCAACAACGGCGGAGGCAUCCGCUGGUACGCCGCUAAUGGAUACCUAAGCACCAAUGCGCGAAAUGAGAUGCCCAGAUUGACCAUACUGACCAAUACCUCUACCGACAAGAUUGUUUUUGAAGGGGCCAAAGCAGUGGGAGUGAUAGCAUUCGACCAUCAUUCCAAUUCAAGUUCUGAAUACCGGUGUCGCAAAGAGAUCAUCGUCUGCCAAGGCACUUUUGGAUCUCCUCAACUGCUGAUGCUGUCGGGGGUUGGACCGAAAGAGCAUCUCUCUUCCAUGGGUAUAUCUUGCGUCCUCGACAACAAGAAUGUUGGGCAGAACAUGCUCGACCACAGUAUUCUGACGAUUGAGUAUCGAGUCGACGAUCGGAUACUGGCCCAUAACCAGAUAUUCGAGAAUCUUGAGCUGCUAUCUCAGGCAGAUGCUCAGUAUGCAAAGGACAAGACGGGCCCUCAUAACGUCUUCGGUACCAGCGGCUCUGUGGCAUUUCCCAAGAUCUCGAGAUUGUUCGAGAGUCCUGAAUUUGACCACCUUGACGAAGCGACUCAGAGAUUCAUGCUUGAGCCCAGUCGGCCGUCGGCUGAAAUAUGGCUUGGCUCGGGACCAGCGGCGUUCUUGAAUGGAAAACCUGACGAGAGUUACAUCACUCAUGAACUUCUCCUCCAGAACAAUCUCUCUAAAGGACAUGUCUCACUGGAGUCGGCAGACCCCAGGGUCCUUCCACGGGUUGAUCCUCACUUUUUGGAACAUCCGUUUGAUAAGAGGAUCGCUAUUGAAACUGUCCGCGAGGCGGUUGCGAUUGGAAAAGCGUCUGCCUACAGCUCAACCAUUCGCCAUAUGGUCCACGGACCAAUGGGCGACAGCGACGAAAACAUCCUAGAUUUCAUUCGAGCCAAUCUUGGCCAAGGAUAUCAUUCUUUAGGAACAUGUAAAAUGGGUCCAGCGAGUGAUGAGAAUAUUGUGGUAGACCAGCAAUUUCGUGUUGUGGGUCUGAAGGGAUUGAGGGUAGCUGACUUGUCGGUGUGCCCAAUCCUCACGUGCAACCACACGCAGAUCAAUGCGUACUUGAUUGGUGAGAAAUGUGCAGAGGCAUUGAUCUGCAAAGUGGAUGGCAUAGAUGGGGCUCAUUUAUAG